AUGGAUUUGCAACACCUUUUUUACGUUACGGUUGCGACACAUAGUGAAUUUAUCCCCGACGGUUUAUAUUCUUUUGAAGCUGUUCACUCUCUGAAAUUUUUAACCUAUUCGCCGGAACGAUCAACAAUUGUUCAGCAAGCUCCAUCAUCAACAGAUAAUGAAUCACAAUACUUUUAUAUUCAACAUAUUGGCUAUAAUGAUUAUAUUAUACGAGAAUAUCGUACUGGUUAUGUGUUCAGUGUUCAACAUGGCUCACUGCAUCAAAAUGCACCCAUUAUACUAAAUCGUUUCACCGAUAAAAAUACAUUGUAUCAGAUAUUCAAUUUUGAAUUAGCUAAUCCCACAACAAAUGAAUAUUUCAUAUUUGUUAAGCAUACACGCAUGGUAUUAGAUAUUGAGGGUGAAAAUCAAAAUUCUUUCGCAAAAUUAACACAAAAUUCACAACAUAAAAAAGCAAAUCAACGUUUCAUACUCCAUCGUAUCAAUAGACCGUCAAGUAAGGUUCGAACACCCAACAUAAGUAUAAAUAGUAUGAAUAUCUCAACGUAA